AACCAUCAACUAAGUAAAAACGCAGUAGCUUUAAGUGGAGGGCAAAUAAAACACUACAAAAAUGUUUCAUCAUGAUCAGUUUAUCUUUUGCUUUUAUAAGAAAGCUGGUGAUGCAUGUUUCUGAUCUCUCGAGCAAAAGACGUCUCAUACAAAUAACUUUAAGCCGUGAAAACGAACCGGAGUGCAGACAGGAUGUCAACACCGGAGGAAGAACAGGCGAACAUCGGGACCGUGCUCACUUUUCUCCGGGAGUGGGACCGAGGUGACAGCAGAGUGCGCGGCCGCAUGUUGACCGCCUUCCUGACCCGGAACACCGGGAGGAGGUUUUGUGCGGAGCUGCAGUUCGCUCAGGUCUCCAGCCUCUUCCUGGCCCGGAUCACCACCUGGAUCCGACUCACAUACAUGUUUGGGACUUUCUUGGGACUGCAGCUUAAAGCAAUUGGGAUUUUUCUCUCCGCAUCAAACCAUGAUCAGUAUCUGAUGGAGUUCCUGGAGGAUGGAGGAGUCCUCACUCUCCUGGACAUCUUGAGCCACUCUCAGAGCAAAGAGGAGCAGAAGGCUGAGGCCCUCCGCCUUCUGCUCACCGUGUCAGAUGCUGGUCGCAAAUACAAAGAGGUUAUCUGUGAAAGCCAUGGUUUGAAAGCAUUAGAGGAAUUCCUGACAAAGUCAAACACAGAUGAAACCCAAGAGGCAGCUUGGGCCCUCCUGGAGUCUCUGUCGCGUGGAAACCCCAAAUAUGAAAACAAAGUCUACAAAGCCAUGAUUUCUCUCAUGACUUGUACCUCUCCUAAGGCGCAGCAGCGGGUCCUGCACACCUUACACACUGUGCAGUCCAAAAUGAAAACAGCCCAUCACAGCAUAGUAGAACCACUGCUGGGUUUGCUCAGGUCUCUGCACCUGGAGGUUCAGGAUGAAGCUAUACAUCUGAUAUUGGACCUCAAGUGCUAUGAUGUGAGGCCGCUGCUGCUCAGGGGACUUGUGACUCUGCUGAGGCCGAAUAAAGAAAAACUGCAGCAGCACCAGGAUAUGCAAGAGUCUGAGAUAAUCAAGACGACGGGAUCUCUGCAUGUGUUUGUGCAACAAGCUGCUGCUGCUAAAACUAUACGUUUGUUGGCUGAAGACAGUGAAGAAGUUUCUCGUGAGCUUCUCUCUCUCGGAGUGAUCCAACAUCUUCUGUACGCUAUGGGUAACAGGGAACACACUGAUGCCCAAAUACAAGCCAGUCUGGCCUUAAAGCACUUCGUCCGCUCUUUCCCAGGUAUUGAAGACCAUGUGCAGAGAGGUAUCGGCAGCACACUGUUUGCAGCUUUUAUGCACCAAGCUGACACUUUGUACAUGAGUAUGGAUGAGACACAAGCAGAACUCUUUUUAACUAAUAAGGUUAACAUAACUGAAGAACUGUACAUGCGGUGUUUGAUAAUGAGCAGGUUACGUUCAGCGAUGAGUCAAGGAAAGAGAGCCGGACUGGAGAUGGUGGAAACAGCCAAACCAAAGCGGAAGAGGUCAACGACAUCUGUGAAAGAAGAGGAGACCACAGACGCCUCCUCUCCUCGGUCCACAUACCACACGUUCCAUGAUCCUGCAGAUGUUGAGCUGCUGCGCUCUCAGCUCCUCCGCUGGUACGACGAGGAGCAGAGAGAGCUGCCCUGGAGGACUCUGGCUGUGACAGAGUCAGACCUCAACAUCAGGACAUAUGCAGUGUGGGUUUCAGAAAUCAUGCUGCAACAGACCCAAGUUGCCACAGUAAUAGACUACUACAACAAAUGGAUGAAGCGGUGGCCCACGGUGCAGGAUCUCGCUGCUGCUACUCUAGAGGAAGUGAACCAGAUGUGGGCGGGUCUUGGCUACUACUCCAGAGGAAAACGACUGCAUGAAGGAGCUCAAAAGGUGGUGUCAGAGCUGAAGGGGCAGAUGCCUCGCACAGUGGAGAGUCUGCUGAAGCAGCUUCCUGGAGUGGGACGCUACACCGCUGCAGCUGUGGGCUCUAUAGCGCUGGGUCAGGUAACCGGAGCAGUGGAUGGCAACUUGAUUCGGGUGCUGUGUCGCCUGCGAGCCAUCGGCGCUGACAGCACGAGUCCUGCAGUAACAGAGGCUCUCUGGAGUUUAGCAAAUACACUGGUGGACCCUGAGAGACCCGGGGACUUUAACCAAGCCAUGAUGGAGCUGGGAGCCCGAGUCUGCACCCCGAAGGGCCCGCUGUGCAGCCAGUGUCCCGUUCAGUCUCACUGCCACUCUUUCCACAAGGUCCAUGUCAAACAAGAGAAGAACUCCAGGAAGCUGCUGGGGAAGCAGGACAGGAAGCUGUCCAGCCUGCCUGACAUAGAGGACUGUGCAAACAGCGGGACAUGUCCUCUCUGUCCCUCGGAGCCCUGGGACGAUGCGUUGGGUGUUCAGAACUUCCCCAGGAAGCCAGCGAAGAAGCCGCCUCGAGUCGAGCAAACUCUGACCUGUGUGGUGAUCCGACCUGGAGAGGGAGGGGAGGACGAGUUCCUGCUCACACAGAGGCCCAACAAAGGUUUGCUGGCAGGUUUAUGGGAGUUUCCAAAUCUUCUGCUGGAGGAGAAAAGCUCUGAUCUGAAACAGAGGAGGGCGCUGUGUGCCCAGAUCAAUGGGAAACUGGGAACCCAUCUGACAGAAGGCCUCCUCCAGUAUGUGGGAGAGGUGGUUCACAUCUUCUCCCACAUCCACCAGACCUACGUGGUCCACAGUGUGUGUUUGAAGGACGCUGACACACACACUCAGACUGAAAAUGCUCAGUGGCUCAGCCGGUCCGCCUUGCAAGAAGCUGCUGUGUCCACAGGAGUGAAAAAGAUUGUGAAGCUUUAUGAUUCUGUCGACGGUCAAAAAGAACAAACCUCUAAGGAUGGGAAAAGACAGAGGCACACCGGCACAAAGAAUGACAAGAAACCAAAUUCCUCCAAAAAAGCCAAACUGAGCUCACCUAACAGCGGCGGCAGACAGCUCUCUCUCAGCUCCUACUUCAACAAAGUCAAACAGGAACCUUGAUGAGUGUGAAAGUCCUCCAGGGUGCCUUUUCAGGAAACCGGUGCCUUAAUGUCAAAGCAUCAGCACUACAGUAGGUUGCCAUACUAAGGGUUUAUUGUGGUCCUAUCACUGGGACUUAAAUAUAAAAGGCCAUCAUGUUUUUACAUUUUAAUCAAAUGAAAUGUCCUUUAGGGAACGUAUUUUUAUCGACUUCAUUAUAGAUGAUGUUUUUAUCUGCAUAUUGUGAUUAGUCGUCAUGUUUUUCAAACAGUAUGUAAGACACCUGUCAUGUUUGUUACUGCAAUAAAAAUGGUUUCAUUUCAA